AUGGCUGAUACUCUAUCGAAAAGUCUCCAAUCAACCGAACAUGAAUUAUCGUGGGCUAGUCGAGGUUUAAAAGGAAAUAGUGCUGAGGAUGUGAAAGAAUUAUGUGAUGAUAUCGAACAGUUUAAUCAAUUAAUAGCUUUGCGUCUUGAGGGGAAUACAAUAAAUGAAGCAGCCGCAACAGCUAUUGGCAUAGCAUUAGAAAAACAUAGUGAAAUUCAACGUUUAAUUUGGAAUGAUUUAUUUACAACACGACUUAAAACAGAAGUACCACAAUCGCUAAUUAAAUUAACUCAAGGUCUUAUGACUAAUGGAGCUCAUAUUGUUGAAAUUAAUUUAAGUGAUAAUGCAUUCGGUCCCAUUGGCGUCAAAGGUCUCGAAACAUUUCUGUGUUCAUCAGCAUGUUUUUCACUUGAAGAACUUCGACUUAAUAAUUGUGGUAUGGGUAUUGACGGUGGAAAAUUAUUAGCUGAAGCAUUAAUUACAUGUCACAAAAAUAGUCAAGGGAAAUUUGCUCUAAAACAAUUCGUUGCUGGUCGAAAUCGACUUGAAAAUGAAGGUGCACAAGCAUUAUCAAAAGCAUUUGAAACAAUUGGCACAUUAGAAGUCAUUCGCAUGCCACAAAACGGUAUAAGACCACCGGGUAUUGAAGCAUUAGCGGUUGCAUUUGUCAGCAACCAGAAUUUACGUUUAAUUGAUCUUAAUGACAAUGCAGUAACAUUAGCCGCUCCAAAGUUAGCAUCGGCUAUUGAAAAACUACCAAACCUCGAAGUUCUGAAUCUUGAGUCAUCACUUAUUCGUACAAAAGGUGCUAUCGCUGUAGCACGAGCUAUUGCUUCACAUAAAAAUCUUCAAGAAUUAUAUCUUGGAUGUAAUGAUAUACAUACGGAAGGUGCACUUGAAAUAGCGCAUGCUGUAAAGAACAUGCCAACAUUAAAAGCGUUAGAUUUAAAUGGAAAUUGUCUUGGUAAUGACGGUAUUGAUGAAAUUCGUCAGGCACUUGAAAAUAAAAGUUUCGCUAAUCAAAUGAUAUUCAGUGAUGACGAAGGUAGUGAUGAAGACGAAGAAGAAGAUAGAGUACAUGAAGAAGGAGAUGAGGACGACGAGGAAUAUGACGAUAAUGAUGAAGAUUAUGAAGAUGAUGAUGAAGAAGAAGAAGAAGACACUGAGUCUCCCUCUUUCUUUUUUGGCAAAACUGCUACUCAACAGCUAUCACCAUGGAAUUCUCUUCAAUUCGGUCAUACGAAAACAAAUUUAGCUCAACCACCACCUGUCGAAGAUCUUUCGAGUAUGAUCGCUAGUAUCAAUGUUUGUUCACCGUUUACUUUUGAUCUAAGAUCAACUAUUCAAGGAAAAAAUAAUAAAUUGACAACAUUUACAAAUCCCGAUAAAAUCAAAGAACAUUUGAAAAAUGAUGAACAAACUAUUGAGCGUGCAGUAAAAUUACUUGAAGACAUUUGGAGUGAUGAUUCCGUUUCACAAAAGGACAGCUCAACAAUUGCUUCAAAUACUCUACAAGCAUUAACAUUUACACAGGACAGUGAACGCAAUUUCAAUGAACGAUUACUCGUAGUAUUAGGCUUUGUCAAGGAUGAACAAACAGGACGUCAACGUCGUAAAAUAACUCAACGUGAUAGAAUAUUUAAAACAAUAGUCGAUGUGAAUCAAUUUUUACCAAAGUCAACUAAAAAUCUUCUAAGUAUUUUUCUUCAAAAUACUCCGAAUGAAAAAAUUCAAUGUUCACCAGAAAUUAAACAACAAUUAUUAUCAACAUUAAAAGGAUAA